CGUUUCGGCGACAACAAUAAGUGAAGGAAACGGAGGUGGUGGAAAUUUAUACGAUAAUUACAAAUGCAUUUAAUACGUCGAUGGACAUUAGAAAUAUAAAAAAAAAAAGAGAUAAAUCAAUCAAAAGUAUAAUAUAAUCGUUUCUAAUAUCGUACGAAAAUGUUAUAUCUGCGGUGCAGGCGAUUUUUCUGUCUCCUCAGCGUUUUCGCCAGCGUUAUUAUCGAGUCCCAAGCCAGCUGGGAAGAAUGGUGGACCUACGACGGAAUAUCAGGUCCGUCGUUCUGGGGCCUGAUAAACCCGCAAUGGUCGCUGUGCAGCAAAGGGCGAAGGCAGAGCCCGAUAAACGUGGAGCCGGACAAAUUGCUGUUCGACCCUCACCUGCGUCCGUUGCACGUUGACAAGCACAAGGUUUCCGGUCACCUGCACAACACGGGUCAGUCGCUGGUGUUCAGAGCCGACCGUGAGGCCAAGGUCCGAGUUAACAUAACGGGGGGACCGCUGGCGUAUCAUUAUCAAUUCGAAGAAAUUUAUAUUCACUACGCACUCGACAAUAACCACGGGUCCGAACAUCGCAUCAACAACUACGCUUUUCCUGCCGAGAUCCAAAUCUACGGCUUCAACGCUGAGCUUUAUCACAACAUGAGCGAGGCGCAGCACAAAAGCCAGGGAUUGGUUGCCGUUUCCCUGAUGGUCCAGUUGGGCGACACUCCGAAUCCAGAAUUAAGGAUCCUGACCAGUACCUUCAACAAGGUUCUGUACAAAGGCGAAAAGGCGCAGGUGAGGCACUUGUCGGUGAAGGAAUUGCUGCCGAAAACGAACGGGUACAUGACGUACGAAGGAAGCACGACGCAUCCCGGAUGCUGGGAAACCGCGGUUUGGCUAAUUCUCAACAAGCCGAUAUACAUAACGGCACAGGAGCUCUACGUGCUGAGGAAGCUCAUGCAGGGACCCGACGGCACCCCGAAAGCUCCCCUGGGAAACAACGCGAGGCCUUUGCAAGGACUCCACCAUCGCACCAUAAGGACGAACAUCGACUUCCGCAGGCAGCGCUCGGACGCAAAAUGUCCGUCGAUGGCCAAGGACAUGCAUUACACAGACGAAUUUUUCUUUCCAGCUAACAAGUGGCAGGACGAUGGAUCCUUAUCGCACAACGUCGUGUAAUGACAGUCAUUUUAUAUAUGCAUACAUAAUAAUAACAAUAAUCCG